UCAUGAGGAACUCUGAAUCAGUUCUGGACAUGGAGAUGGCAAAUUAUAGUGAAGUCUUAGACCCAAGUUACACAAGUUUGGAGUUUGAAACAAUGCAGGUCUUAUAUAAUGGCAGCGAUAGUUGUUCAGCAGAAGCUCUCAAUAUGAACACUGCAGACAAUGGAGUUGGUGGCGUUUGUGCAAUAUGUGGAGACAGAGCGACGGGCAAGCAUUAUGGAGCUUCCAGUUGUGAUGGGUGCAAGGGGUUCUUCCGACGCAGCAUACGCAAGAAUCAUGUUUACACAUGCAGAUUUAGCCGGCAAUGUAUUGUUGAUAAGGACAAGAGAAAUCAAUGCAGAUACUGUCGUUUAAAAAAGUGUUUCCAUGCUGGGAUGAAGAAGGAAGCUGUGCAAAAUGAACGGGACAGAAUAAGUACAAGAAGGAGCACAUCUGACAGCAAUAACAGUCCUUCUAUUAACACGUUGUCCCAGGCUGAAGUGCUUUCUCGUCAGAUCCCUGUUUCGAGCCCAGGUGCUGGUACUGAUAUCAAUGUUAAGAAAAUUGCCAGUGUUAGUGAUGUCUGUGAAUCAAUGAAACAACAACUCUUGGUUCUGGUAGAAUGGGCAAAAUAUAUUCCAGCUUUCUGCGAGUUACGACUGGAUGAUCAGGUUGCUCUGCUGAGAGCACAUGCUGGAGAACACCUGUUGCUGGGAGCAGCAAAGCGCUCUAUGGCUUACAAGGACAUUAUUCUUUUAGGCAACAAUUUUGUCAUCCAUCGCAACAGUUCUGAAGUAGAGAUUAGCCGAGUAGCAAACCGGAUUUUGGAUGAGAUCAUACAACCGUUUCAAGAAAUUCAGAUUGAUGACAAUGAAUAUGCUUGUCUAAAAGCCAUCCUCUUCUUUGAUCCAGAUGCAAAAGGACUGAGCAACCCAGUGAAGAUCAGGAACAUGAGAUUUCAAGUCCAGAUCAGUUUGGAGGAUUACAUCAAUGACCGCCAGUAUGACUCUAGAGGACGGUUUGGGGAGCUGCUGCUACUUCUGCCGACUCUACAGAGUAUUACCUGGCAAAUGAUUGAGCAAAUACAGUUUGUGAAAUUGUUUGGAAUGGUUAAAAUUGACAGUUUACUUCAGGAAAUGUUACUAGGAGGUACCUCCAAUGAUGCUACAAAUCUUCAUCCAGUUCAUCCUCAUCUAGCCCAAGAUCCAUUCACUGGGCAAACUCUGCUUAUAAGUUCAGUGUCUGUUCCUGUGAAUACAGAUCAGAUAUCAACGCCUGAAACUCCACUACCUUCCCCUCCACAAGGUUCUGGCCAGGAAUACAAGAUGCCUGCAAACCAAGUUACGGUUAUUUCUCAGCCAUCUCUUCCAAAACAAAAGCCAUUGUGAUACUGAUCAAUACUUCUUUUGGUGGCACAAGCACUGUAUUAAAACAUCAUGACACUGGAUACUGAAAACUCAGGAUAGAUGAUUUAGACAUGCUGUUAAAGAGACAAAUACUGUUUCAUUUAGAGACGGGUUUUUCAUCAUCUUUGCUAGCUUUUUUCCCCUCCCUCUCUCUCAAAAAAAGCUUGAAUUCAGAUGUAAUUUGUGGACACUAGAAGGUGACUGAAAAAAAGAAAUCUGUUCAUUGUUUGCAAUGUCUUUGAAUUGUAAUAGAAGAGGUUUAAUUUAUUGUCCUUUUAUACAUUUGCCAUCUUCCAAAGUUUUGAAAUAUGUAUUCCUCACAGAAUGCAAAGCCCGAUUUUAAUAAAAUUGCAGACUGAAAUUUAGAAAUAAUGAAACAGCAGAAGCCAGCAGUUUUAACAGUUAAUCAAAGCAAGUGUCUCAUUUUCUUGAAUAUACAGUAGAGGUUGGAAAUCAAAAUACUUCCUGCCAGCAUCUGGUAUGACACAUGUGCUCAUCUAAUACAUUAAGUCUGAACACAUGUAUGUCGGUCAAUAAUGCCACUGUAUUUAAUUUUUUUAAGGGCCCCUUCCAGAGAGUCAGACAUUUGAAAGAAAUAUAUUCCCUAUUUUAGAAGCCUGAAAUUGGGAAUAGGAAAAUAUGGCAAAAAAUCUUGUGAACUGUUUUCUCACUCAGAAUUAAUGAUUUUUUAGGAAGUCCUUUAAAGCCUUUUUUGUUAAUUACUAUUUUACCUCUCCUCUCCUGCAACGUGGCUGGGACCCAAUACAUAAUUUUCAAGUUUUUGUUGUAUCUUCUCAGCAACCAUAUGAAUUUGAUAAGGCUCAGCCUGUAUGGUUAUGGGUCCGGUAGACAAAGGAAAAUUAAAUAAUAAGUCAUUUUUGCUGACAGAGAGAUUGGCUGACCUAAGAUCAGUAAGCUUUGAACUGGUCUUUCCAGCUCCAUCAGCACUGAUUUCAGCAAAAUAUGUUGGUCAUAACAAUGUCACAUUGUGAGAGUUUGUGCAGUUACAUUUAAGAUUCAAUGGCAGCAAUGUUAGUGAUGAUAGCAUGACUACUUUUUCUUUUUCCCCAUUGGAUUACCAAACAAACUACAUUCUUAGAUCUUAAUUAUUUAAAUGUAGUACAGAACUGAAACUCUACAGAUACUUCACACAGGAAUUUACCAAGUACAUCCAGUUUCAGUGGUAUGGUUGCAAGUUAAUUUUAUUAAGACAGCUUUUCACCUCCUGGUUCUCACUACCUUGGAUAUCUUCAUGUCUGCGUCAAAGAAAAUAUUCAUGAAUGUCCAACAACAAACCCAGACCAUUAAAUGGCUAGCCAACAUGUAAAAAAAGAGUGAUUUGUCCCAGCACAGCCUUCUCUAAUGAAGGCAUGAGACAAACAAACUUGUGUUUUUAAUUAGUUUAUUUAGAUGGAUAAUCUAUGCCCUCAGUACCCUGACUGUACCCUUCUCAUUCGUACAGUGAAUGAUGGCACCUUCAUUGUACCAUGUCUCUGUGUGUUUUCCAAUUCAUCAUACCUAAAUUGAGCAGCCCACCUUAUUCUUGUCAUUUUUAGUGAUCGCCUAACCAAUCUAAAAACCAAGGCUAUUUACAGCUCCUUAAGAACAAAAUGAAGCCGGAGGAAAAUGUUUCCUUAAUAGAUAGCAAUCCUAUGGAAUACAGUAAUUCCUCGUUGGUUCCAAUUACCACUGGCUAAUCCAAAUUUACCCAAUUUUGGAAGGAGGGAUCAGCAGUGAACCCCUGCACGGGGAAGGUGCAAUGCCUUUCUGAAGCUUUGUUCCUCAUUCAAAUUAGGGGAAAUGAACAGAAGAUCACCCAUAGCUCUAAAAGCCACGACUGAAUUUAUUUUGGUUCCUGUUAACUUUCAAUUUUUGUGAAUGAAAGUCUAUGAAAUUCAAGAUGAAAUUUCAGAAUGGUUCAGAAUUAUUGUCCCUUUUUAAAGGGAGCAGGAUAUAGACAAAGGAAGUAGGGAACUCUUAAGGACUUGUGGGAAACAUCUAAUUUUUAUCUGUUUCUGAAGUGGCAAAACUGAAGGUAUACCUUAUAGUGGAAUCCUCUGUGGAGUUGCUCCAGUCUAUGUCCACUUUGUCAUUCCCAGGAUGCUGCUGUAGUGUCACCCCCUUCCUAUUUCCUUCCCUCCUUCCUACCCUCUAGUCUCUGAAUGUAAGUAUCCACAGAUUUGGUUAUGUUGAGAAUCAUAUAUAUUGGGGAUGGACUUAAGAAGGGAAAUGUUGUAACACUUGAAGCACAAUCCUAUGUUAUUUUGAUGAGAAGGAAAUUCCACUAAUUCUGGAGAAACUUAAUCCCAGAUAUUCAUAAGAUUACAGCUAUCUGAUGUUGGUAUGUUAUUAAAAACUUGAUCAUGGUGUCAGAUUCAACAGUCUAUAUUGCUACACCUUAAUUAUACAAAAAGGAAAGGUUUUUGACAAGUAUUUUUUUUUCUGUGAAACAAACUGCAAAAUGCUCCUGAGUUUUUCGUAUUGUUUUCAAGCUCAGGUAGCAAUUCCUCCUUUGUUUACUGCUAUGUAAGUAGUUUCUGUUUUCAACUUGUAUGUUUGCUUCCUCGAGUGGGAGAACUUAAGGGAUACUUUACAGAGCAAUCCUGUUCAGUUUUAUUCAGUUUGAUUACUCCUCAGAAGGUUGCACUGUUGGUGUGCAACAGUUUGGGACACCAUCUCUAAUGUUCAGUCGAGUUGUGAUUAUUGUUUUAAUAAAAUGAAUACAUGUAUAUUUAAAAUUUUAAUAUCAAACAAUAUUUUAUGUGUUAAGUUAUACAUUAUAUGUUUGUGUUCUCAAAUUAAGUUCUGACGAUAGGAAAGGAAGUAUUGCAUUCCUUUGAAUUAUCCCCAAAAGUUGUUUUUCUGAACCCCAGCUUCAGAAUUACUAAUUUUCAUUUCUAAUCUCUUUUGUAGCUGCAAUAUGCUUUUCUCCUCCGAGGAAUCUGAUGCUAGCACAACAACUCAGCAAGGAGAUAGAAGGACUGAUAUUUUGAUGCAUAAGACUGUAUGCAGUUCAGGGUGUUUUAGAGACUACCAAUAGUCCAAUCCUAAACAGAAUUAUACCUUUCUAAGUCCAUUUCAGUCAAUGCAUUUAGAAGGCUUAGGAUACUGGAAUUGCAUUAGACGGUACAAACAGUGUCUGCCCAUACAGAAGUAAUUCCACUGAGUUCAGUGUGAUUUGUGUGAUUUGCACGCACGCACGCACGCACGCACGCACGCACACACACACACACACACACACACACAGAGGAUUAUAGCCUCAGAAGUGAAAGGCCUUAUUUUUUCUACUUCUGAAUAUUAUCUAUUUUAUAUGGUUCACAUAAUUUUUAAAUAAUAUCGUAAUUUAUUGAAAAUCUGAUUUUUUUUAAGUGUAAAAUUAUUUUUGUAUGCCUAAUGCACAAAAUCAAAGUCACUGGCUUUGUGAAAAUGGUUGAUUACGCUGAGCUGUUUGACCUCGGAUGUCAUGUAUGGAUGUAGACUGAGUUGCCAUGAAAUGGUUGCUGCAAAUGUUUUCAGAUUGACUGGUUUGCAUCAGUGCUCAAUAAACAGAUAUUGAAAACAUAUGAAUGUUAAA